AUGGAUAUUAUCGUUGGUCUUCUAAAUACAUUGGGUAAGCUUGAUUCGAUUUGGGUCAUUGUUGAUAGAUUGACCAAGCCAGCUCAUUUCAUACCGGUUCAGAUCACCUAUACUGCUCAGAAGUUGGCCCAGAUUUAUAUCCGUGGGAUUUCCGAGUUGGGCACUCGAUUGGAUCUUGGCACAGCUUUCCACCUUCAGACAGAUGGUCAGUCUGAGGGGAAGAUUCAGGUUCUAGAGGAUAUGCGUCGAGCUUGUGUGAUUGACUUCGGUGGUCACUGGGACCAGUUCUUACCAUUGGAAAAGUUUGCGUGUAAUAAUAGUUUCCACUCGAGCAUUGAUAUGGCUCCAUUUGAGGCUCUUUACGGGAGGAGAUGUAGAUAUCCUUUUGUGUGGUUUGAUGCAUUUGAGGUAAGGCCAUGGGGUACUGAUCUUUUGAGAGAGUCAUUAUACAAAGUUAAGGUGAUUAAGGAAAAUCUCUUGGCGGCUCAGAGUUGGCAGAAGGAAUAUACGGACCGGAAGGUCCGAGAUCUUGAGUUCAUGGUUGGGGGUUUGUCUGGCGUUCGUCCGGUGUUUCAUGCCUAUAUGUUGAAGAGAUAUCAUGGUGAUGGAUCUUUUAUCAUUCGUGGUGAUUCAGUCUUGUUAGAUGAGAACUUGUCUUGUGAAGAAGAUCCUAUUGCUAUUCUAGAUAGGGAGGUUUGUAAGUUGAGGUCUAAAGAGAUUGCGUCAGUGAAGGUUCCGUGGAAGAACCGCUCCGUUGAUGAAGCUACUUGGGGGACUAAAUCAGAUAUGCGGCCUCAGAUUGAUGUUGGGAAUUUGGGUGAAAAACCAGAGCUCACUGGUUGGAUGAGACUGCUGCAGCGGGUGUAA